AUGGCACCCGGUUACCGCCUGGCGGAACCGGAGAGGAAAGGCUUUUUGGCGGCGACUUUUUGUCCGCCUCCGGCGGCGACGCAGCAGAGUCCCAUUGAAGUUCCAGCGUCGAAAUCGCCGGCAGAACCUCGUCGGCACUGGCCGAGUCAUUGCCAAGCCUCUGCUGGGGAGAAAAGGGAUCGAUCCUUGGAAGAAGUGAGGAAAGAAGGAGGAGGAGGAAGAAGACAAGAAAGGAAGGGAAUCCUUGGGUCUUGUAUUCAUGACCUGAGGACAGCAACGAAGGAUCCUGAACUCACUUUCAUCUCUGAUGAAUCUCUGCCUGAUAUUUCUCUGCUCAUCUCGAUAUCGGCAACCCUGACCAUCAUAGUUUCUAAACGCUGUCGUGCUUGUACCCCUGAGGGGAAGGAAGAAAAUAAACAAGCCAUGGCCAGAAUCAUCCAAGGUUUCCUGGAAAAAAUCGUCGCAGUUGCCCACGAAAAGGGAGUUUACGCGGCUUUCAAAGGGCGAGGCGUCGAUGUUCAAGGGAAGGAAGAAAAUAAACAAGCCAUGGCCAGAAUCAUCCAAGGUUUCCUGGAAAAAAUCGUCGCAGUUGCCCACGAAAAGGGAGUUUACGCGGCUUUCAAAGGGCGAGGCGUCGAUGUUCAAGGCGUUUCAAAAAUGCAGUCCCUUGUUUCAACGGAAGAGAAAACACGCCCGGAGGAGGUGUGUGCGACUGAGUGCCAAUGGUUGUUGCACGGAACCGGUGGGCGUGGGCAACUCGGGGGCACUCCUCCCGUCGGAAGGGCGGGCAGCAGAGAUCCCGAAGGAAUUCCCUCGAGGAAGGAGAAAACCCCUGAGAACAAGGCGAACUACGAGGAGUUCGAGCUGCCGACUGCUGAGCAAGGGUUU